GAUGGCUUUGGCCCACUUCCUCUACCACCGCUCCCAGGGCAGCGACGAGGACUUUAUCCUCCAGCUGAAGUACCGCUUAAACGCCAGCCGACUAUCCCUCCGGACGCUUCUCAAGACCUAUGGCGCUGUGCCUGCGUCGGUGCGUGGCGGGAAUGGCAAGCAGUACAAUGCGCAUGACGCCUACGGUCCCUUCCCUGGUGGAUCGGACACUGGCAUGGGCUUCCCCUACCUGAGGAUGAUCCACUGCGCCAGCACAGCCUGGACUGGAUUGCUCAUGCUUUACCAAGCAACGGACGAGGACCGCAUUUUUGAGUCAGCCAAUCCGUUGACAAUUGUGGAGGGCGAAGAAGUUCCCAUCGGUGGUGCAAGCUGUCUGCCAUCGCAGGCUCCACCGCCUGCAGCAAUUGCCACAUCAGAUUGCUUUAGGCAGUGA